UUACCAAAUUAGUUUAUUUAUCAUCUCCACGCCCAAAUCGCAUCUUUCUUCUAGCUAAGCUUGAUCCCACAUCCGGGAGUCAAAGCAUCCUCCUGAGGACGAACAAGCUAGCGCCACACUCCACAGGCCUUUAGCUAACCUGCAGAUAGGUGGCGAAGGUGAUCCCACGAGAGGCGCUGCUGGAAAUGGCUUGUGAAUAUGAAACUUGGGAGGAGAGGCUACAGGAUCCAACUGCCACUCCGGUGUCUUUGCCAUUAGAAUUUCUGAAAACCAUCACACACGAUUUUUCAAGCGAGCAAGAGCUUGGGAGCGGUGGGAGUGGCGUGGUUUACAAGGGAGUUCUUCCGAGUGGGAAACUCAUUGCUGUCAAGAAGCUCUUGGACCUACAUAAUAUGGGAGAUGAGAAAUUCCGGAAGGAGGUCAGUUCUCUUAUGGGGAUCAAGCACCGAAACGUAGUGCAGUUUGUAGGUUACUGCGCCGAAUCAAGUUUUGAAGCGAUAGACCUGCAAGGGAAUGGGAAUUAUAUUUUGGCUGAAAUACCGAAAAGAUUGCUCUGCUUUGAGCAUGUGUGUAAUAAAAGCCUAGACAAGUAUAUAUCUGAUGAAUCUUCGGGCCUUGAGUGGAGCGUGAGAUACGAAAUAAUCAGAGGAAUUUGUGCUGGUUUGCAUUAUCUUCAUGAGGAAUGCCACAUUGUUCAUCUCGACUUGAAACCUGAAAAUAUAUUGAUGGAUGCUACAAUGGUGCCAAAGAUUGCGGACUUCGGUCUGUCAAGGAUCUUCGGAGACAAGCAAUCACGAAUCAUCACUCAAAAUUUUCUAGGAAUCCGUGGAUAUAUGGCACCAGAAUACAUAAUCCAAGGCAUUGUCUCCAUCAAGGCCGACAUGUACAGUUUUGGUGUUCUAAUUAUCGAGAUACUCACAGGUUGUAGAUACUAUCCCCUCAGCAAGGAAAAUAAUCCUCAGGGGUCUGAUACAUCUUUCCAGCACUUCAAAGAGAAAAUCCAAGAAGCUUUGAAUACUCUGCAUCAAGGAUAUAAGGGGACAGAGAUAAGUUGUGAUCAAGAGGAGGGCCACUGGGGGGAUCAUGCAAAAUUGACGAAUAUUUGCAGAGAAACAGGAGAAGAAAAUAUCAAAUCUGAGAUCAAAAUACCAUUUAACAGUAUUCCAGAAGAAGCUAAUAAACAUGAUGUCCUGGAGAGCAUGCUAUGUGAUGAGAGUGUUGAGCCGACAUUUCUUGAGUUAUCACUCUUACAGGAAAUCACGAGUAAUUUCUCUGAUGAUCAUGAGAUUGGUAGGAGUCGUUCAGGAGUGAUUUACAAGGGAAAUCUUUCAAAUGGGAGUACUGUCAUUGUGAAGAGAAUCUCAAUUUCAAUUGCAAUUGGUGACCAAUUAUUUCUGUGUGCGGUUAAGUCCCUCAUGGGUGUUAAGCACAACAACAUAGUACGGUUUCUAGGUUACUGUGCUAACGCGGAAGGGAAGGUGGCAAUGGAAGGGGGCGAAAGCGUUAUUGUAAUGGUGCGAGAGAGGUUGCUCUGCUUCGAAUAUCUGUCUAAUGGGAAUCUUAAGAGCCUUCUUACUGAUGAAUCUCGUGGAUUUGACUGGCGUACACGCUAUCAAGCAAUUAUAGGAAUUUGUCAAGGCUUGUGUUAUCUUCACGAUGGUUUUAUCUCUCAUCUAGAUCUCAAGUUAGACAAUAUAUUAUUUGACGAUAAAAUGGUUCCAAAAAUAUUGGAAUAUGGUUUUUCAAGAGUAUUUAGUGAGGCGAUAAGACGGACUGUCCUUAAAAACAUCCAUGGAUCUCUGGCAUAUAUGACAACGCCAGAGUACUUGGCUGGUGGACAAAUCACACUGAAGUCUGACAUAUACUGUCUGGGCUAUUUAAUUAUGCAGAUAGUAACCGGACAAAGCAAAACGAACUACUCAGACACAGAGUUAGCAAGUAUAACUGAAAGUUGGAGGAGUAGGCUAGAACCGGAAGCGUCGAAGGGGCACACAUUCGAAACAUGUUCCCAACAAGUAAAAAUAUGCAUUGAGAUAGGGAUAAACUGCAUGGACCAUGACCCUGGGAACAGACCUACUACUCGGUGUAUCGUCCGUAGGCUUGAUAAUAAAAGGGAAAUGGAACAGUCAUUCGGAAGUGACGUAAGUAAUUCAUCCCCGAAGAAGAUAAGUUCUCUGUCUAAGCGGAUGCAAAUAAGCCCUCUGUCUAAGCUAAGCUCUCUGUCUAAGUUGAUGCAAAUAAGCCCUGUGUCUAAGAUGAUUGUCUGCAAGCAGAUGAUUUUUCCAGCGCUACGGGCGCCACGGGCGCUACACUCAGCGGGUGUAAAGAUAGUGCUCAAGGUGGCGCUCAACUGCAAGAACGGCAAAUCAUGCAUCAUGCACGUUGUGUCAAAAAUCGAUGGAAUAAGGUCGCUGGCAUACGACAGCGGCAACAACACGUUGACGGUGCAGGGGUGCGUCGACGUGAUGGUGAUCGUGGCUGUGCUACGCAAGAGGAAGCACGGGGUGCAUGUAAUUACUGUGGGAGACGCAAAGAUGGAGGAGGAAACUAGAACGCACUCAACGCGUUACUGCCCUGCGUGCCUGUCCAGCUACAUCGCUGCCGCUGAUGGCCAGGAGGCCUCCUGCACCAUCAUGUGAGAUAUCCAGCGUAAAAUUUGUUACCACAUCAAAUUAAGGACGGAAGCGUGCAUGCACGAUCAGCCACCAAAAAAACAUUUAUAAUGUACUAGCAAAAGUGCACGUGCGUUGCAUCGGGUAACUAAAUACCCAAGAUGUUGACAAUUCUCCUCUUUCUCACCAUUCGCCGGACUAUGGUAGAUUGCAAGCCCCUGGCUGCAUCUUGAUUUAUAAUACCGUAAAUUUGUAAGAAUGGUUGGCAACAUACUUAAAUUUUAUUACGAUAUGAAUACUAAAUUAGUACUCA